CAAAAAAAAAAAAACACAAAAUUAAGACUUUAAGAGUUGAAAAUCGAAAUCAGUGUAGUUCGUCGUCCAAAAGGGGAACUAGGGUUGAAGGAAGUGUCGCCGCCAUGAAAACACGGCGGCAGGAAGACUCUGAGGAUGCUCUAACCAUUUCUCGUCGCAAUAAUACACAAUCUCCAACCUCAACGAACGGAAGAGAAAACUCAGAGCCGAUCCCAGUUGAUAUCAUUUACGAAAUCCUCUUGAAAUUGCCGACGAAAUCAAUUGCGAGAUGUCGCUGCGUAUCGAAGCUCUGGUCUUCCAUACUUGUCCGUCCAGAUUUCACAGAGUUGUUCUUGACCAGAUCUUCAACUCGCCCGCAACUAUUGUUCGCCUGCGAGAAAAAAGAUGAGUUGUUCUUCUUCACGGCACCGCAAUCCCAAAAUCCAGAUGGGAACUCGUCUCUUGUAUCCUCGAGUUAUCAGAUGAAGGUUCACUAUGAUCCGUUUUAUUCCUCUCAAGUUUGUGGUGAUGUCCGCGGCUUGGUCUGUCUUACACAUCGGCAGGUCGUAAAGGGAAGGAAGGAAACGGUACCAAUGAUAUGCAACCCCAGCACUAGACAAGCCUUACCUUUACCCAAAGUGAAGACGAGGAAGGUUAAAGUCAGAACCUUUUCGAUUUAUGAUCCCAUUGGUAAACUAUUCAAGUUAUUGUCCAUGACCUGGCUGUGUUAUGGAAACGAUGAUAAGAAUUGUAAGGAGUAUCAGAUUCUUACAUUAGGGAAGCCAUCACUUCCAUGGAGGAUGAUUGGUUGUUCUAUGCCCCAUCAUCCUGUACAUAAUGGGAUGAUCAUUGAUGGUUGUUUGUAUUAUCAAGCUAUGGUCGGUUUCGGUUCAGGGAUUUCUACUAUAGUUUGCUUUGAUGUUAGGUCUGAAAAGUUUAGAUUUGUUAAGAAAGCUAGGGGCAUGUCGCUCUAUGGUGAAUCUACUCUGGUAAACUAUGAGGGUAGGUUAGGUGCACUUCAGUCAGGUGGGCUUGACAUAUCUGGAACUGUUGAUAGCCAUACUAGGAGUCUUGAGUUGUGGGUUCUAGUAGACGCUGAGAAACACGAGUGGUCGAAGCAUCUUUAUGUAUUGCCUCCAAUGUGGAAGAAUGUAGUUGCAGAGGAGUCUGACUUAUACAUCGUUGGAAGGACCAGUACAAAUGACAUUGUGUUGGCGCCACGCUAUCUAUCUGAUGUUUUCUACUACAAUCCAGAGAGGAACACAAUCAAAAGAGUUGAAUUCCAAGGAAUGGAUGAGUUUAAGAAAUGUAGAGUUCACACCUUUCUAGACCAUAUGGAGGACGUGAAGCUUAUGCAAUUGUAACGGAUCAUGGGCUCUUAGUGUUCAUCUUUCUUGGAUACUAUAUUUAUUCUUUUGCAUUAAUGGUUUAUACCUUGAGGAAUGGUUGUUCUAAAGUAAGUUCUAGCCUAUACUCUUUUCUUCAUGAAUAAGCCCUUUGUGACAUGUGUACUGAUGUUACUUGGUUACCCAUUUAGUAAGGUUAUGGAUCGUGUAGUGCGUCGAGAUAUGGUUAGACGCAAUAUUACGUUUGGCA